CGGGCCAGCUUCUCACCCCGGCGCGCCGGUGUAGGUGACCCGGCUUUGGGAGCGACCGCUGGCGGCAUGAGUAGCUGCUGGCUCUUCCUGCGCAGGGCUGCGGCGGCGCGAGCCUGCCAGUCGCUGGUGGCGCCCGGGGCGAACCGGCGUCCGCUGCGCACCGGUCCGCCGCGCCGAGCGUUCGCCAAGGAGCUCUUCUUGGGCAAAAUCGAGAAGAAAGGAGUUUUCCCAUUUCCAGAGGUGAGCCAAGAUGAGCUGAAUGAAAUCAAUCAGUUUGUGGGACCUGUGGAAAGAUUCUUCACUGAAGAGGUGGACUCUGGAAAAAUUGACCGGGAGGGGAAAAUCCCAGAUGAUACUUUGGAGAAGCUGAAGAGCCUGGGGCUUUUUGGGAUGCAGGUCCCAGAAGAAUAUGGCGGGCUGGGCCUCUCCAACACCAUGAGCACUCGGCUGGGGGAGAUCCUCAGCCUGGAUGGGUCCAUCGCUGUGACCCUGGCAGCGCACCAGGCGCUGGGACUCAAGGGGAUCGUCUUGGUCGGCACGGAGGCACAGAAGGCCAAAUACCUGCCCAGGCUGGCCUCUGGGGAGCAUGUUGCAGCCUUCUGCCUCACAGAACCAGCCAGCAAGAGCAAUACUGGCUCCAUCCAGACCAGAGCCACGCUGAGUGAAGAUGAGACACACUAUGUCCUCAAUGGCUCCAAGGUCUGGAUCACCAAUGGGGGGCUGGCUGAGAUUUUCACUGUGUUUGCAAAGACCGAGGUGGUUGAUUCCGAUGGCUCUAUAAAGGACAGGAUCACAGCAUUUAUAGUAGAAAGAGACUUUGGUGGAGUCACUAAUGGGGAACCAGAAGAUAAGUUAGGCCUUCGGGGCUCUAACAUUUGUGAAGUCCAUUUUGAAAAUACCAGGGUGCCUGUUGUAAAUGUCCUUGGAGAAGUUGGAGGUGGCUUUAAGGUGGCCGUGGAUGUCCUCAACAGUGGGAGGUUCAGCCUGGGCAGUGUUGUGGCCGGGAUGCUCAGGAAACUGAUUGAGCUGACCGCCGAGUAUGCCUGUGAGAGGAAGCAGUUCAACAGGAAGCUCAGUGAAUUCGGGUUAAUUCAGGAGAAGUUUGCGCUGAUGGCUCAGAAGGUGUACGCGAUGGAGAGCAUGUCCUACCUCACUGCAGGGAUGCUGGACCACCCAGAGUGUCCCGACUGCUCCAUCGAGACAGCCAUGGUGAAGGUGUUCAGCUCUGAGGGCACCUGGCAUUGCGUGAGCGAGGCACUGCAGAUCCUGGGGGGCUCAGGCUACAUGAGGGGCCACCCCCAUGAGCGCAUGCUGCGUGAUGCCCGUGCGCUGCUCCUCCUGGAGGGGACCAAUGAGAUCCUUCGGAUGUUUGUUGCCCUCACGGGCCUGCAGUAUGCCGGACGUGUCCUGACCCCAAGGAUCAAGGAACUUAAAGGGGGCAGUGUGGCUGUAGUCAUGCAGACCACCAGCCGGAGGCUGUGGGACAUUCUAGGCCGAAGCGUGGACCUGGGGCUGAUGGACAACUCUGGCGUUGUGCACCCUAGUCUUGGGGACAGUGCCACCAAGCUUGAGGAGAAUGUGUAUUACUUUGGCCGGACUGUGGAGACGCUGCUGCUGCGCUUCGGGAAGACCAUCGUGGAAGAGCAGCUGGUGAUGAAGCGGGUGGCCAAUGUCCUCAUCAACCUGUACGGCAUGACAGCGGUGCUGUCACGGGCCAGCCGCUCCGUCCGCAUUGGACUCCAGAACCAUGACCAUGAGGUUCUGUUGGCCACCACGUUCUGUGCGGAAGCUUAUUUCCAGAAUCUCUUCACCCUGUCACAGCUGGACAAGUGUAAGAGGGCAGCUCGCUGGAGGGAAGGGGGCCAAAUCUGGGCUUCUGUGCAUGAGGAACUAUGUCCAGGCCUCGUCUGCUGGAGGGCAGGUCUGGGCCCAGAGGCCCCCAUGCAGCCCAAGGGCCAUGCAGGUGUGCAACCAUGGCCUCAUACCUGCCUAGGGAAGGUCACUGAGGAGGGGACAGUACUUUACCUGCCUCUGUAAUCCCUCCACACCAAACAGAAAGAGCUCAGAUUUUCUGCAGAGGGCAUAGACCUCGCCUGGAGAAUGGGGCCUUGUGCCCGCCCCUGUCCGGAAGGCCUGGGCUUCCCCGCAGCUGCAUGGCCAUAUCAUGGAACAUGUGGCUCAGGGUCUCUGUGUGACACUUACAACCCUCUAGGCUUUGAGCAGUGUCCCGGCUGAGCUUGCCCUGCUUCCAGUCAGAGUGCAGAGGGCUACCAUGAGCAUCUGUGAUUCCUGUGGUCCCAGGGUCGGUCUAAGCCCUGGUGUGGCAG